AAUGACUAGCCCGUGUGAGCUGAGACCGCCGUUAACGCAUCGAUAAACGAUCGGCGGGACAGUGGCACAAUAUAUCUAACUUUUUAAGAAGUCUUCUUUUUAUCGUUGUCUACACCACUACUUGAGAGUCUCCUUCAUCAAUCCCGUGAUGUUGCUGAAAUCGGCUAAACCAUUUGGAUUAGCGUGCGGAACACGGAUUUCGAACAUGAGUUGGUUUCUGCAGCGCUCGAUGCGGAGAGUGUUCUGAGAGAUUUCGACUGCGUGAAAACCGCCGCACAGGAAUUACCCAGUUAGCCAGCAGUAGCUUAUUCGGUUCAGGGAAUUUUGUCUGUGUAUAUUUAUUUUAAUCCAUUGGAUGGAGUACUUUGGACAGACGUGAACAUAAUCAACUUUUAUGGCUCUUCGGGACCUGAUGUGGAGAGAUGGAUAAAUGUUUCUUGGUUGUGGUCAAGAACUAGAAAAAACGUAGAGCACAGUUUUUGCAUGUGCCAUCUGGACAAGUAUCUUUGCUCUAACAAGGAAAACACAGCAGACACUUUAUGCUUAGUUUUUCCAAUGCCCAUCACAGUUUGUGCUCAAUCGCUGCUGUUCCUGCGCAGAACACCAGGUUCUAACGAGUGUCUCCAGUGUCUCAACUAUACCCUGGUCUCCGGACACCGUGACCUUUCCUAGGUCAGUGUUGAGAACUUUGUUAAUCGAUGAAUAAAAUAAAAACAUAACGCAUAACUGGCCACCUGACGGGGAGGUAGCGACGCCUGAUCGCACGGAGCGAAAAGCCGAAUCCCUCGCAACAGUGGUCCAUCUGGACUAACGACGAUUUUCAAAGAGGGACACAAACGGGAGAAAAGGAUUUCAGAGUUUACGUCGAACGAUGCUAAUCACAAGCUACUGUGUGACGAGCUGUCAACGCGUAUAACCCACAUGCGCGUCUGUUGAUUUUGGAUAGAGACGGGCGACAACAACAACGAUUUGCCAUCGAUCUGAAUGCUCUUAUCGCGACUUUAAUUCCUGGGCUUCACUAAAUCUUCUGAACAUGGCUGGGUCUGGAAGCUGUUGGAAGAAAUACCUCUGGAUUUUGACCAUCCUUUGCAGAUGUGCUUUACCUAUAGCCAAAUCACUGGAGGCAGUGGUAUGGAGCUCACAGAAUUCCAAUUUUGUACAAGGAAAGGGGUUGGUGAUUUACCCCAUGAUCGGGGACAAACUGGACAUCAUCUGCCCCAAGGGCGACAGCGGUCGGCCGUACGAGUUCUUCAAGCUCUACCUGGUGAAGAAGGAGCAGGCCGAGUCGUGCAGCACCGUGUUGGACCCCAACGUGCUGGUCAACUGCAACAAGCCUGAGAAGGACAUCAAGUUCACCAUCAAGUUCCAGGAGUUCAGCCCCAACUACAUGGGCCUGGAGUUCAGGCGCAACUUCGACUACUACAUCACCUCCACGUCUAACGGGACCCUGGAGGGCCUAGAGAACCGGGAGGGGGGUGUGUGCACCACGCGAUCCAUGAAGAUCAUCAUGAAAGUGGGCCAGGACCCAAAUGCUCCCGAGUCAACUGACCCGGCAAAGCCAGACAAAGAUCAGGACAACAAAAUCCCCGAGUCCCCACCGGACAGAAGCAAGGAGCCAGAGGGGCCUGUCAUGCCUGGAAACAAAGCAGAAACAAUCAACCAGGACAACAGCAAUUCCGACCCGGCCGAAGGGAUCUUCAGCUCCAAGCCGGCCCUUUUCGCCGCCAUCGGCGCCGGCUGCGUCAUCUUCCUCCUCAUCAUCAUCAUCCUCAUCGUCCUGCUCAUCAAGCUGCGCAAGCGCAGCCGCAAGCACACGCAGCCGCGCGGGACCGCGCUCUCGCUCAGCACGCUGGCCACGCCCAAGGGGGCGGGCGGCGCCGGCUCGGAGCCCAGCGACAUCAUCAUCCCGCUGCGGACGACCGAGAACAACUACUGCCCACACUACGAGAAAGUGAGCGGCGACUACGGUCACCCCGUCUACAUCGUGCAGGAGAUGCCGCCGCAGAGCCCGGCUAACAUCUACUACAAAGUCUGAGAGAGAGAGAGAGAGAGAGAGAAAGAGCAGAGAGAAAGAGUGAAAGAGCGAGAGAGUGAGAGAAAAGAGAGAGGGGUGAAGGAGAGAGGGAGAGUGGGAGAAAGGAAGAGAGAGUGAGUGGAAGCAAGGAAAUGGACUGACUUCAAUACGGGACAGCUCUAUGGAAAAAAGAGAGAGAGAGAAGAGGAGAGGAGAGUUCCCUAAUCCUGACCCGUUCCUGUACUUUUUUCCCCCUUACUACCUAGUCUGUGUGAUGUGCGAUGAAAGACUUGUUUCAUGUCCAGGAGUGGACGGGCCAGCGGCGCCGUCAGGAGUAAGAGAGGGCAAAACACGGACUUAAGCUGCGGAGGAAGAGGAGGAAGACGUGGGAGAGGAAGAAAAGGCAGGGGAAAGAGUGUGAGAUUCGGGUCUAAGCCAGCACUCGCUUCCCCUCUGGCCUCUGGCUCCAACCACAUCCUGUCUCCUCUCCAAAAUGGACGCUCUCACACCUGUUCCCGACCUCUUCUCUGUGGACAUUGAAAAAGGAGCUGACCAGUCCUCUCUCUCUCUCUCUCACUCACUCUCUCACUCACUUAUACACUCUCUCUCUCUUCCUCUCUCGUUUUCUCUGUCCCUCUCUCUCUCUGGCUCUCGCCGUGGAUCAGUAUGUGUGUGAUUGUGCGUGUUAGCCCUUGCCGCUAACACCUAAUGCUUCAGGGGAUGUUGAAAGCCCAUGUGACUGGGGGGGAAAAAAAAAACCUUUGUUCACACACAGACUUCUCCACAAAGAAGAAAACGAAAAAAGAAUAAUUUUUUUCCCCACCAGAGACUCUCAACAAGGGCAUAGUUUUUUGAUGACGUAAACACACACGUGCCCCCCCCCCACCCAGCCACCCACCCAAUCCCACCACCACCCACAGAACUUGUCUCCCAGACGGACACGUUCUAGAAAUGCUCCCUGCUCUUUUGUGGUUGUUUAUUUGUUGUUGUUUAUUGUGGGUUAUUUUUUUAUUCGCUCACCUAGUCACUCUUUUCACCUCCUCACUCUUCCUCACCAGUGUCUUAUGGUCCUGUGCUGUUUCCUCUCUACACUGCACUCCAUUUGGAGCAGUUUGUGGCGAUGUCGUUUGGAUUCCUUGUUCUACGCUGCCCUUGUGGUAGUAUAUCAUUAGCCAGUAACGCUUUUUUAUCAAGCCAAGCCUGCAUACCUGCACAUGAACACACCCUUGUCCCCCCACUCAACCGUUCCUGUUCUCACAUGCUUAGGAAGGUAUGCACUCUGACAUGGAAAGACAGAGAGAGAGAGAAUUACAGGGAGUUUGUGUGUGUGUGUGUGUGUGUGUGUGUGUGUGUGUGAGUGAGAGAGAGAGAGAGAGAGAGCAUGCGGGAGAAAGUGAGAGUUAAUGAAAGACAAACAGGUCACAUUAUAUUAGUGCUGAAAGAUCAUGACGAGUGAAAAGGUCUGACGAUAAACAGAGAGGGAGAGUGUGUGUGCGCACAUGAAGGCAUGUGUGUGCGUGUGUGUGUGUGUGUGUGUGUGUGUGUGUGUGUGUGUGUGUGUGUCCUAAAUUAGCCUCGGGUUUUUUCCCCACGGUGAGCAAGAAUAACAAGAUCAAAUUUGUCGGAGCAGAAUCAAACGUGUGGAAGCAAUUUAGAUGCUAUCUAGGGUGCAGUGACCUCUGACCUCCUCUUACUGACACGCUCAUGAGCGUGAUGGAGGUGGGGGAUGAAGGAGUGGACAGAUUCCGCCCGUCCACUCCUCUCACACUCUGUGUAUGACCGGAGGAGGACAGUGUGAGGACAGGGCCCUGGUCAAAAGAAAAGAAAAGGACCGUUGGUGGACAGGCUUUGAGGGGGACUGGACGUCCUUUUUGUUUAAGCAUUUGUCGGACGGGGAAAAGGGGUUGGAUGGGGUCGGGUGGGGAGGGGGGUUUGCUGUAGGAGGAAAAAAUCCAACAUAUGUUCUGUCCAUCUCCAUAAAAUAAACGAGUUUCAGGAGAGAGGGAUGCGUGUGGAAAAAGUGGGAGCCAGCUUCUUCCUCUAGCCCCCCCCCCCCACCCCACCACCACCACCAACCCCUCUGCUGCAGCUUCCCGAGGACUGGAAAAAAUGAACAAAAGACACAAAAAAGGGCAAGCGAGAAAGAAAGACAGAAAAAGCAAAAGAGAACGGGAGAGACACCAAGGCAUCCACAGCAUAGUAUAGCAAGCAUACAGACAGAGUGAGCCAACGAGAGAGAGAUGGAGAGAAUAUAAAUGAGAGAGAGAUAGAGGGAAUAUGAAAGCAUAUGAGGGGAGGUAAUGAGCAUAGGCAAUGGCGUCUGAAUAAUUUCUGUUGCUAAUGACUGUUUACCUGGGGCUCUUUCAAAGGCUCACGAGUCACACGCUGAAAUGAGAGGCUAAAAGCACACAUCCUUUCUUUAGUAUAAAUAACUCAUUUGUUAUCAAACAAAAGGCUUUUAUCAGACGCUAGUAAUUGUGCUUCUUUUUCUCACCGUGGGGGUUUUGUUUUAUUAUAAACACGUGCUUCAUCCUCUUCUUAAGUGCCCUCCCCCCACACACCCACCCUCGCUUCUCCAACACACACACACACACACAUGCACACACACACACACACACACACACACACACACACAUGCACACACUCACACACACACCAGUUUCUCUCUCCUCUUCUUGCUGUUAUCCUCCAAUGAACUUCUCUUCUCUUGCACUUUUUUUUUGCACCCAUCCUUCCAUCCGCCGGGCCAUCUGGUGUUAUGCAGAGGAACACACACACACCCACACACUUUCGCACUAACAUACACACGAACACACAAAGCGUUUGUUCUGGUUGGCGUCUCUGGGCUUAAAAAAGAAGACAUGACAUCAGUUCAGCACACUCACUUAUCUCUCUCUCUCUCUCUCCAAUGUCCUCUUUCACCACUUCGACGUGUGGUCUCAUUUCAGAUAAAGGGCCAUCACCCACCUCUGUGUAGGCUGUCGCGGUGGCCCACCCCAGUCAGACACCUUGUUUCAUGUGAGAUGGGAGCGAGCUCCUGGAGUGUUUGUCUUUAAGGUACUCUGGCUCCCCUCUCUGAUGUGGGUGAUUGUUUUAGACUAAGUUAUUAAAUUUGUAUGUGAACAGCCACACCAUUAAAAGACACUUUGAAUAGGAACGCGAAGAAGAAGAAAAAAAGGAAAAAAGCGCUUUAGCUGUCUGGUCAGGGCGUCAGGGUAGAUUGUGGAAAAUUCCGGUGUUUUACGCACGUGGCGAAAUAAGCACCAGCAAGUGCAAAUGUUUCAUUCUUUUUUUUUUUGUUUGUUUGUUACCAUGUUAUUUUUAUUUUAAUGUUUAGGGAUUUAGAAAAAUGUUACUCCUUAAAUGCUCAAUCACACGAUGGUUAAACCAACAACAGAUGUUUUGUACUUCCAGGUGCUGGUUUUUAAAAGCGUCUCUACACAUUAUCUCCUCUGUAGUGUCACAUAUUGUAGACUAUCUGUGCAAUUUAUACUGUAUUCUAUGAUAUAUGACCACAUCUGGAAAACUGUCGGUUGUGCUUGUCAACUAUUUAUACGACGUUUUUAUUUUCCUUUUUUUGAAUGUUCAAAUAACAUUGUUAUCCCCGCUCACUUACAUAUACUUACACAGAAUCCUACCGCAGUGCAAUUGUAGAGCUUACAGGCACAUUCGAAGUUACCGGGCCCCCAUUGUCUUUCUUCUGCUACAUAAUAAUCUCCCCAUCAGCUUUUGUCAUCUAUCGUAUUUACUUUGGUUCUUAAUCCUGUCGGAAACAGUUGAAACAGUCGACGGGCCCAGCUGCAGCGCUCCCAGACCCAAUGUGUUCACAUUUCAGAAGUGUUCUGGCAUUAAAAAGAACAGAACACUGACAGCUAUAACUAUUAUUGCCUCUGGCAGUCAGCUGUUUGCGUAUGUGUGCAUGUACACCUGUAAAAUUAUUUUUCUACGUGACUGCAAACAGGAUUUUUAGCGGUGUACACCGUGUGUGUGUGUGUGUGUUUGUGUGUGUGUGUGUGUGUGUGUGUGUGUGUGUGUGUGUGUGUAUGUGUGUGCCCCACAGUUAGUUAAUGACCCUGUUUAUGAACAGCAUAGGAUACAGAUACAGCCCCUCUGCACAUUAACCUAAGAGGUCACACACACACAUUUGUGAUACACCUCAGUUGCUUCUGGCAUUUUCUUUUUUUUCUGUUAUUGUUGUUUUGUUGGUGUUUUCUCUCUUUGUUGUUCUGAUGUUAUAGUUGGCAAGGCCUGAAAUAAUGUAAAUAAUGUAUGUGAAAAAGGUUAAAUUUAAAAGAAGUUACAUUUAUUAGAGCCCCAUUUAUGAAAAUAUAAUUAGGUUUUUUAAUGCAGAAAUUUUGUAAAUAGGUGUCUUUUUUUGAAGAAGACAUUUUGUAUAUGUCAAAGUUUUUUUUUUUCUUUUUGUUUUGGUUUUGAUAGGACAGACUAGGUUCCUUUAAAAAAAAAGAAGAUUCUGUAGAAUGGGGGUCUGAAGUGCCAGCUAUCACAAUGGAACACUUUAGAAAGAGAGUAAGAUGAGGGAGAAGGAAAAAACAUUACGAGGUUCAGUUCACAUAGCAUCUCAGACAUUUCUUUAUUUCUGUUCUCUCUCAUUCUCUCAUGUCAAGAUAGAGGUUGUGUCUAAGGGUGUGUGUGAGUGUGGGGAGAGAAACAGAGGUCAGGAUUUACUCAGCGAACGAGAGGAGGAGGGAAAAAAGAGAAAGAAGAACACACACUUUGCCACACGUUUAAUCCAUUUUCUCUGAGGCUGGGUAUAGUAUUUGAGCUCACCCGGCACCGUUGCCGCGUUGGCCUCUCUUUGUGUGGGUGAAGUGCAGCGAAGCACCAGUGUGUCUGCCACUACGGAGAGACACAACACACACUCAUCCAGGCCCCAUUAGUGCAUUAGCCUCCUAGCCCGCCGCUAACGGUAAUGCUGCGGACCCCGGCGUGAAUGGUUCCAGCUGUGCUGUGCUGCGUGGGGAGAGGGCCUCGAUGGGAGAAUCCCAGACCCAGCACAGGGCUGGAGAACCCCGAGUCUGAUGAGAGUACCAGUGCAUAUAGUGAGAGGAGAGGGGCGCCAAGGUUCUGAGAAAAUAAAACAAAGCAUAAACAAAAACAUUAAAAAAAUGGAAAAUUCAAACAAGAGCUGAGCAAGCAGUCUCUCAUACACUCUCAGACCUACGUUCAUACACACACACUCUCAUACACUCACACCUACGCUCAUACACACACACUCUCAUACAUUCACACCUUCGCUCAUACACACACACUCUCAGUUUGUACAGUCAGUUGCAAAGUCUCACACAAACAAACACACACAUGCACACUCCUAGAAUGGCUGUGGGGGGAAAGUGAAGGCUCGUUUUUGACCUGCGUAGAUUAGCUAGGUCCCCAUGUUUAAUGAGAAAGGCUGGGGGGGGGGGCAGCAGACCCUGUGUCUGACUGAGGUCACUCGACUCCCAGAGAGGAAACAGACCCGCAGGGGGAGUUAGCCUUGGAAUGCUAAUGCUAUCCUAAGCCAUAGCUCAUCUAACCCAGUCCACACUUGUAAAGUAUAGACACACACAUACCCCCAUCACACACAUCAAAGUAAAUGCUAGCACAAGUGUUUUGAGAGUGCUGACACACGUAAUGUUUGAAAUGAUGAAGAGUGAGAUCCGUGUUUCAGGUACCCCUCUUUUUUCUCCUCUGCUCCCUCUCUCUCUUCCUCUCUCCUUCGCUCUCUCCCUCUCUCGCACUCUAUCUGUAGGUUUUUUCUGGUUCACUGUGUCCCGCUCUUUGCCGUGCCACUGGUAGUUUCACUCACUCCCGGCCUCUGUGAAAACACGAUUAUUAUCCUUCUUCUAAAUUUUUUAUUUCUGUUUUAAAAUUUCAGUAUUAUAAUUAUUUUUAUUUUCGAUGUACAUGUAUGCCAUGAUCCCAGUGCAUUUGUGUUUUGUAGAAACUACUCCAUGAUCAAUUAUUACAUUCUCACUAAGACACACACACACACAUGCAGACACUCACACACAAAUGCACACACACACGCACACACACUGCCCUAUACGUACACACCCAUGCAUACUCAUACCUAUACAUACAUAGCUUUUACCACAUUCGUUCAUAACAAGAUACUAUGGAACUUCAUCGGAGUCCCAUAAGCCAAGUUUGAGACCCUGAUAUUGCAUAUUGAUAAAUAAAUUUUUUCCUAUGGAAA